AAACAGAGACGUUUAAAUCCUCAGCUGUCAGCGAGACGCCACUGUCGGUAUGAAUCUUUACAAAUAACAUAUAUAUUUUUAAAAUAUCAUCUUAAAUGUCACCUUUUCAGACUGCAUACAGUUAUAUAACGUUAGAUGUGAUCGUUUCGUUGUUCUAGCCAUUGUUUCUGUUAGCUUGAUUCGCGUUGUUGCCGCUGUCCACUACGAACAGAUACUGCGACACGCACAAUAACCUUCGUAUUGCUUAAAUAAUAAUGUUUGAUUUGUAAAUCAAAGGUUAUGUCAAAUAAAUAACUGGGUUUGGGGAAACUGAAACUGUUGAGAGAUGCAGAAUGUCUGCAAAAGGAGCAAAAGCGCCAUCUUCAGGCCAGAAGGAGACUCCCAUGAUCCCUGGUGGACAGGAUCCACUUCAGCAGAACUUUGCAGAGACCCUGCCAACAGAGAUGAGUGUGAGGAUCUUCAACGAGCUGGACAUCAGGAGUUUGUGCCGGGCCUCGCUCACCUGCAGACAGUGGAACGACAUAAUCGAGGGCAGCGAUCACCUGUGGAGGAGCCACUGUCUUACGGUGCUGGCUGUUUGCCGGAGGGAGGUGAACGGGGACAGGCUUGAUGGAUGUUCGUGGAAGGUUACUCUUGUGCGUAACUACAGGAAAGGCUGUGUAAAGAGGAGGUGGCUGAAGGGCCGGUACAGUAACAUCCGCUCUGGCGAUGAUAUCCCGCCCAACAGCAUGUGUCCACUGGAUGUGGAGACCUGGGGAGAGAUACUAGAGGCGGAACUGGAGAGAUAGAGAUAAGAGACUUUUGGGAUCAUGCCAACAGGCUGUCGACAACGGAGCAUUUUGACUGAAACACUUGCUGGAUCAUUUUAGGGUAUGGUUUUUAAUCAGUGUUGCCAAAAACACAUAGACUGAGGUGGUUAGAAAAAACUAAAACUAAUGGAAAACUAUUACUGAAAUUUGCUUGAGACUGUAUGGGAAUCUGAUGGAAUUGUUUUAUAGCUGGAACAGAGAGGAAUCUUUUCUUCACUCUUUUUAUUGAUCAACAGAAUUGUGCACCUUUGAUUUUUUUUAAGUUUUAAUUUCAUAAUCAGUGUUGCAAAAAAAGCACAAAGACUGUGGCGGUCAGAAUACAUGAUAAUGUGGCUUUUGUCAUGGAAAAUUUUAGUUGUAUUACUGAAAUUUGCUUGAGACUGUAUGGAAAAUUAAUGUUUUGGGAGCUUCUUUAUAGAUUUUUUUUUUCAGAGUCACCGCCAAAAGUGUUUUGCCUUAAAUCAUGAAACUAUAAUUUUAUAAAAGCUAAUAUAUUAUUAUUAAAAAUCAUGUGUCCCUGUGCUAUA